AUGCAAACAAAAUGUCCAUUGAAGGUGACAAUAGAAAAAGAGAAGGAGUUUAAUUACUACAAACCAGGAGAUUACUUGAUUACUGGAAUAACAUCUAAAAUAUUUUCUCGAAGUUAUCCUUAUGUUCUUUCCAAGCCUCCAGCUCACAGGUUGAGAAGUUCUUUGACAAUGUUCUGCCAUAUCCUGCCCUUCUUCUUUGCUGUUCAUGAGAUCAACCAGAGCCCAAGGCUCUUACCCAACAUCUCCCUGGGCUACAACAUCUAUGAGAACUUCUUCAAUGCAAAAAUAACCUAUGAGGCCAUGAUGGACUUCCUCUCUACAGGGCAGGAGAACGUCCCAAACUACAGAUGUGGAAGGCAAAAGAAACUGCUGGCAGUUCUUGAAGAGACAGAAUCUCAGCUCUUUGAUCAUGUUUCUACUUUCUUGGGCAUCUACAAAAUCCCACAGAUCAACUACGGUGUUAUCAGCCACAUUCCUGAGCAAAAUAAUUAUUUUCCUUUUUUCUACCGGAUGACCCCGAAACAAGAUCCUCCUUACUCAGGAAUUGUCAAGCUACUCCUGCAUUUCCCAUGGACCUGGAUUGGGCUCCUUUCUCAGCACAAUGAAAGAGGAGAAACCUUUAAAAGAAGCUUGGAAACUCUAGCUGUAAAAAGUGGGAUUUGCAUUGUCCUCUCAGAGACCAUCUCAGCAUCGAAUAUAGAUACAAGGUUUGGACAAAUGUCCAAGCAAGACGAAAAGAAAAUAGUCCUUUUUUUAAUCAAUAAUCAAGUGAAAAUUAUAGUUUGUCAACUGGAUUUUCAUGCCAUCGCCAUACUAUUUGCAUUAAUACAUAUUCAUGAAAAGAAUAAAACCUUCAUUGGGGGAAAAGUGUGGAUUGCAACAACUUGGUCUGAUUUCAGUAUCAGACUCUUUUACCGUGUGCUUGAUCUCCAAAGUAAACAUGCUUUGUUUUCCUUCCUCACCAAGACAAAGAGAAAGACAGAGUCUUAUUACUUUAAUUUAUAUUCCUCUACUGACAAACAGUUUGUAAAGAAAGCAUUCCAGUGUUCCUUUUCAAGGCCUGUGUUGUGUAAGAAAGUUUGGGAAAGGUGCACAGAAAAAGAGAUCCAGGAGAACCCACCCCGUGCUAUGGUUAAAAGAUACCUGCUGAAUGACGGCGCCAGUAUUUCCGAUGCAAUCCAAGCUGUGGCCUGGAUCCUCAGUGCUGCCUCUUCCUCCCAACUGAGUAAGGGGAGGGUGCAGGUUAGAGGCCAUCAGUCACCUCAUAUUGUACAACCAUGGCAGCUUCACUGGUUCAUGAGAAACUUUCAGCUUCAAAAUCUUUCCAGUGAUGGAGUUUAUUUGGAUGAAAAUGGGAUUCCCUUUGCUGACUUUGAUAUCAUGCACUGGAGAAUGUUUCCCAACAAGUCUUCUGCUGGGUUGAAAGUUGGGAGUGCAGAAAGAGAAGCCAUUUCCAAAGUCAAGGUCUUCAUCAAUCAGAGUGCCAUCGUCUGGCCAAGAUCAUUUAACAAGACAGUACCUUCAUCUAGAUGUACAGAAAGUUGUUCCCCAGGACAUGUCAAGCUCAUGAGAGAAGGAGCACCAGUUUGCUGUUACGACUGUUCUCUGUGUACGGAAGGAACAUUCUCUGUGCAAAAAGAAAUUUUGGGACUCCUCCUGGCUUCCUUUGCUCUUGCAUUGUCCCUAACCACUUCCUUUGUUCUGGGAAUCUUCAUUAAAUACCAAGAGACUCCCAUAGUCAAAGCCAACAACCGGGACCUCACCUACGUUCUCCUGGUUUCCCUCCUCCUUUCCUUCUUGACCUCUCUUCUAUUCAUUGGCCAGCCCAACAAAUUGACCUGUUUUCUUCGACAAGUCACUUUCAGCAUUGUUUUUUCUGUUGCUGUCUCUUCCUUGCUGGCCAAGACUGUCAUGGUGGUGGUGGCUUUCCUGGCUAAAAAGCCAGGGAGUCGAAUGAGGAAAUGGCUUGGGAAGAAUCUGGCCAAUUCAAUUGUUUUUUCUUGUUCUGGUGUUCAAGUGGGCAUUUGCAUCACGUGGCUGGGAAGCUCUCCCCCAUUUCCUGACUCUGACCUGCAUUCCCAACCAGGACAGAUUCUUAUGCAAUGUAAUGAAGGCUCCGUCAUCAUGUUCUACAUCGCCCUUGGCUACAUGGGCUUUCUGGCUGCCAUCUGCUUCAUGGUGGCUUUCUUGGCCCGAAAGCUGCCAGGGACCUUCAAUGAAGCCAAGUGGAUCACCUUCAGCAUGCUGGUCUUCUGCAGUGUUUGGAUCUCCUUUGGCAGAAGAACAUCCCAAACUACAGAUGUGGAAGGCAAAAGAACUUGUUGGCAGGAAGAGACAGAAUCUGAACUCUUUGAUCAUAUUUCUACUUUUGGGGGCAUCUACAAAAUUCCACAGGAACUGACUAAUUUCUUGAAUCUGAUUUUGAUGGGUUCCCUCUUCUGUCAUUUUUUGAAAUAUAACAGAAAUAUACUAGUACCUUAUGAUAACAGGGAAAAAGAAUGCUUUAUUUUCACCACUCAAGUGGUCAACCAGAAACUCCAGCUCCUGAAUAAUCUCACAUUUGGGUACAACAUACAUGAGAACUAUUUGAACCCACUUGGCACUUCAGAUGCCUUGCUGGACAUGCUCUCUACUGGAACAGCCAAUGUUCCUAACUACAGCUGUGGAAGGAAGGACAACCUUUUGGCUCUUAUUGAUGCAGCUGACAGGGAGAUCUCCAUCCAGAUGUCUACAUUAGUAGGCACCUAUAAAGUCCCACAGGAAAAUAAUGUAGCAUUUGGGAAUGAAAAGGAAUCCCAAGAGGCUAGCACUGGAAGCCAAAAUGGAGAAGACCUGCACUGCCACCAUGUACUUCCCCUUCGUGCUCAGAUGUCUGAUUAUAGUCAAACUAGUGAUGGUCUGGAACUUUUCUGGAGAAAGGUACCAUGA